GUUCCUCGCUUCCGUCAUCAGCAUUGCCGGCACGAGGUCAUGACGAGUCUGCUAGGCUGACAUUGAUCUAUAAGUCAUGACACGCUUGUUCGGGGUCACACGAAGGCCCGUACGAGCAGUGGUGCUCGCCUGCUGCCUGCUGUCUUGGCUGGGCAGUGGCCACGUUGACGUGUCAGCAUCGUCACUGGACGGUCAGCGAGCUGGCAUCGAUCUCACUCUUGGCCGUCCGAGGUCACAAUUCUUCGAGACAGUCCUAUUCCAGUCGGGUGCAUCUCAGAAAGCCUCGCCGCAGCCCGAAAAUGGCAAAGCUGUCCGCGCAUCGUGUACGCCAACAGGCCAAAUCGAAGAUGCUUGCUGCGACUUCCAAUCAGUCGAGGCAACCAAUGCUGCCCUCGCUCAGCGACUGGAAGCUGUCACCAAGACCGAUGCAAUGAAGUUCUGGAAAGUUGAUCUCUACAAAGAAUGUCCCUUCUGGCGGGAGGAUGGCAGCUGUAUGAACAGAGCUUGCGGCGUUGAGACGACAGACGAAUCACACAUACCGGAAAAGUGGAGAGCGGAACGGCUGAGCGGCAUCGCAUCCACGCGUGGCGGCAAAGUCCCCAUCGAUCUCGGACGCGGAUGCGUCUAUCGCGAGACAGACUUCUGCGUGCUUGAUGAUCCACAUUCAGCCAUCAACGAGGGAUCAUAUGUCGACUUGAGCGCAAAUCCUGAACGUUUUACCGGCUAUGCCGGUCACUCUGCGAACAAAGUUUGGCGAGCAAUCUAUGAAGAAAACUGCUUCGGCGUACCUACCUCCUUUGUAGACCCAUCCGAAGGCGUUGAGCAGGGAGGCACCGGGUUUGCCUCGCUUGGCGGACUGGGACACUCGUCUCUGACGGCUAGUCUGAACAAGGCAGCCGCGCCGGCUCAAUCGCCUCUGACUAAGCCUCCAAAGUCACGUCAGACGGAGAUGAGCGAGCUCUUGCGGAGCAUCCAGGCGCCUCGAGACGGCGGCGAUGACGAGACCUGCCUAGAAAAACGCGUGUACUAUCGACUUAUAUCGGGGCUACACGCUUCAAUCUCCAUACAUAUCUGCGACGAGUACCUCGAUCAGAAGACGGGCGAGUGGUCGCCCAAUCUCGAGUGCUUCAUCACUCGCAUUGCCCAACAUCCAGAGCGACUUCAGAACGUCUAUUUCAAUUACGUCCUCAUGCUGCGUGCGCUCACAAAGGCGGGACAUCAUAUCUUGGGCGCUGUAGACGAUCAUCAAGUACGAGAGCAGAUCUCCGGCCUCAUACGAGAAGCCUCAAAUUGUCCGGGCACAUUCGAUGAGAGCAACAUGUUCAUCGAUGCGAAUGCCGCGACGCUCAAAGAGGAAUUCAAGACUCAUUUCCGUAACGUCUCGCGGAUCAUGGAUUGCGUGGGCUGCGACAAGUGCAGACUCUGGGGCAAAUUGCAGGUGACUGGACUGGCAACAGCACUCAAGCUGCUCUUCUCCGACGAUGAGACCGGCUCAUUAUCUCUUGCACGAUCAGAAGUCGUCGCUUUUGUCAAUACGCUCAAUCGCUUCUCUAGCAGUCUAGCAGCCGUCGAGCGAUUCAGAGACUUGUGGGAACACCAGGAACGGUCAGCACAGCACGACAAGAAGGCGUCUUCCCCGAGCGCAAAGAGUCCUUCUGCUACUGCCAAGCGACGCAAGCGCAAGACGAGGAAGGCUACGCCGGGUGGCUCUGCUCGGAAAGCUCAAGCUUCGCAAAACGCAAACGAUACGCGACAGAGGCGCGAAAGAGAAGCUAGCUUGCUGACGAGGCUUACCGAAGCCUGCAAACAUUCAGCAGCUUCUUGCUUGCACUUUAUCGCCAAUCUGAUUGCGUCCGUUACCAAGCCCGCAUCAUCAAAAGCAGAUCUAUAGCAUUUGUAAUACCCCAAGCACGCUCUCUCGUUGUUGUACAAUGCCUUGCAAAGAUGAUACAACAUCAUGUCUAGUUCUGUCUUGGCCAAAGAUCUAGCAGUCGUCCUAUCGUCCACUGAUGGCGCAUGGGCUCGAUUGCAAGCAGGGGCGGCUCAUAAGCAAGCGUGGGACCACCGAACCCCUCGACGAGUUGCAACGGCCGUUGUUCACCGUCGACUCGUGGCGUAGAUCUGCCUUCGAGCUCGAGAUCCGACGUCCUGCUCGACAUGGACUCGCGAGCUUUGCCUUUGAGCUUUUGCCUGAAUUGCUUCAAUAUGCUCUUUGAUGCC